AAUCAGAAAGCAGCAGAGGAAGAAUGAUUAUUCUGAGAUAUAAAAUGACUGAGAAAUAACUGUCUGUUUCUCAAUGGAAGUCAAUGGGACUUUGGCCUUUUUGGAACCCAGUGGUACUUCCUGUAUGAAACAUGGAAGGAGGGGGGCUGAUCAGUCCAGUUCUUAUAUACAGUCAAUGGUUCAGACACAACAUGUUCUUCUGGAUUUCAUCAGGUUGACUGAAGACCAGAUGAACACGUAGAUCAUCUAAUCUCAACAUAAUCUCAGUGAAAGGACCUGUCUAGAGUCAGGAUAAGAGAACCCUGUAGCCAGGAUUAAACUGCGGGAUUAGAUCAGAUUACUGUGGAAGGACGGGACCUUUAUUGUGAAGAGGUGACCGGAAGUGGGAGUGGCUAGUUGUCGUUGCUCCGUAAAGAUGGCGGCGUUUGAGCUUUCUUCAGCUUCUCCCGCUUCGUUCUGAAGACUUUGGCGGCAGGCCCUCGCGCGCUCAGCUCUGCUUUCAGGUAUGACCGGAGGAGAAGCGGCCCACGUGACCGGAUGCCGCGCGUGAACCGGACGGCGGUGCUGUCGCUGCUGAUUGUUAGCAGCUGCGUGUUCCUGCUGUUCCAGCUGCAUUACUACCGGAAGUACGUCAGCAAGCAGGGGGGGGUAUUACUGAGCCCGGACAGUCACGUGACCAACCGCGCCAUCCAAUGGCAGGUGCUGAGGAAGUUCUUGGCCUUGGCGCAGCGGUUCCGCCUGCCGCUCUUCCUCGCUGACACCUGGGCGCUCGCGCUCCUGUCCCAGGAUGCUUUGCGUCAGCAUGACCGGCGGGUCCAGGAGCCGCACUGCAGCUUCCUGUGCACCGGCCGGACAGUCCUGUCCUUCGCCGUGCACGCCAGCUCGUGGAGGAGCUCUCCCGACUUCCUGACAGAGGCUCGGACCAAAGGCUUCGAGCUGCUGGAGCUGCGAGGGAAAGACCCGCGCCUGUCCAGCCUGGACGUCCUGUCGGGGGAGGAGAUCCCGCUGCACCUGCUGCUGCGCCUGGACGCUUACAUCAUCCAAGUGGUCUUCCUGUACGAGCGCAGCGGGAACUACGUCUGGCACGGUCCGCUGCGCCUGGGGGGGGCCAUGGACCGGACCUUCGCCCCCUUCACCCUGCUGGACUACGGCCGCCACGCCGGAGCGUACGACAGGCCAGAACUGGUCCUCACGGUCCUGGACGGCCUGGACGUUCGAGUCCCUCGGAACAUCAGCCACUUCCUGCUGCAGCAGCGAGACGCUCGUUUCCUGGAGUGCCGGUUUCACGAAGCCCGCCACUUCCUGCAGUUGUACCCCGACGACGCCUCGGCGGCGGCGCUGGACUUUCGGAGGAAGGCGAAGGCUCUGCUCCAUCUCGCCACUCAGACGCUGGGCUCGCUGCGCGUCCCCUUCUGGAUCAGCAGCGGCACCUGCCUCGGAUGGUUCCGGCAGUGCGGCAUCAUCUCCUACAGUCAGGACGUGGACAUCGGGAUCUUCAUCUCAGACUUCCGUCCGGACAUCGUCGGCGCCUUCAGAGACGCCGGCUUAAGCCUGAAGCACAAGUUUGGAAAGGUGGAGGACAGCCUGGAGCUUUCCUUUCUGAGCAACGACGUCAAACUCGACAUCUUCUUCUUCUACGAGGACGGAGACGUGCUGUGGAACGGCGGCACGCAAGCCAAAAGCGGCAGAAAGUUCAAGUACGUCUUUCCUCGCUUCUCUCUCUGCUGGGCGGAGCUUCUGGAGCUGAAGGUUCGUGUUCCCUGUGAGACUCGCGAUUAUGUGGGGGCGAACUACGGAUCCACGUGGAGCAUCCCGCUGAAGAACUGGGACUGGAAGACCUCCCCCAGCAACGUCCAGGAAAACGGGGAGUGGCCUCGCAGCGAGUGGGCGGAGUUAAUCCAAGUGUACUAGAGGGGGGACUGGUCGUUUUCUCAGCUCGUUUUCAGACAUUUGCAACCACUCACCUGUGCUCACCUGCAGUUUGACACAGUCAUGAAGUGAUGUCAGAGAUUAAGUCCCACCCUCUCAGACCAGAUCCACCCUCCCCUGUGCUCAGGUGGUUUGUCACAGGUCAAUGAUGGCUCUCAGAAAAAAUGAGCAGAAAACUCACCUGCUGAGCUGAAGCUCCUCCCACAAGGAGCACCUGCUGUGUAUACGACAUGGAGACACUGAGAGGACGAUGCUGAUUGGUGCAAACUCCUGGACUGGAUUACUUUCAUGUUCAAGAAAGUCCUGUUGGUAAUGUUCUAGGACCGAGCAGCUCGCUCUCACCUGAUCCUCACCUGCUCUUCACCUGCUCCUCACCUGAUCUUCACCUGCUCCUCACCUGAUCUUCACCUGCACAUCACCUGCUCUUCACCUGCUCUUCACUUGUUUUUCCCCUGGUCCUCACCUGAUCUUCACCUGCUCUUCACCUGCUCUUCACCUGCUCCUCACCUGAUCUUCACCUGCUCUUCACCUGAUUUUCACCUUUUCCUCACCUGAUCUUCACCUGCUCCUCACCUGAUUUUCACCUGCUCCUCACCUGCUCUUCACCUGAUUUUCACCUGCUCCUCACCAGAUCUUCACCUGCUCCUCACCUGAUCUUCACUUGCUCCUCACCUGCUCUUCACCUGAUUUUCACCUGGUCCUCACCUUUUCCUCACUGGCUCCUCACCAGAUCUUCACCUGCUCUUCACCUGAUCUUCACCUGCUCCUCAUCUGAUCUUCACCUGCUCUUCACCUGAUUUUCACCUUUUCCUCACCAGAUCUUCACCUGCUCCUCACCUGAUCUUCACCUGCUCUUCACCUGAUUUUCACCUGGUCCUCACCUUUUCCUCACCUGAUCUUCACCUGCUCUUCACCUGAUUUUCACCUUUUCCUCACCUGAUCUUCAUUUGCUCCUCACCUGAUCUUCACCUUUUCCUCACUGGCUCCUCACCUGAUCUUCACCUGUUCUUCACCUGUUGUAAAAAUAUUUAUAAAUAAAGAACCAUUGUAGCUUCA